CACUUAUUUUGACAUAUUUUCAUGCACUAAUAGCAUAAAUGAUCUCAUGCUUGCAGAUAGCUACACUGGAAAAGGAAAAAGUGCUGGAGGAGCUACGAAAAGUAAAGCAAAGCAAAGUGCAAGUGAUCAACGAGAGAACGCUGGAAUAUGCUACCAAGGCAACAGAAAAUCCAGUUUCACUUCAGAAUUCAAAUGCUUUUGAACUACACAACAACCAAGUGAUGGCUGGUAACAGUCAGAGUGAGAUGACUGACACUAUACUUGGGAAAAGCUCAGUGUCUGAUAAAGGCAGGUCUGGUAAAAGUCAGACUGUUUCAUUCAAUAUCAUUGAUUCUGAUUCCUCCAUCGAUCUUGCUUCUGGCUUGCCUGUAACAAGUAAAUCAAAAGUGCUAAAAAUGGAGUCGUCUUCCAAUAAAAUUCAAGGUCUCAGAGGACGGAUAAGUAUUAAAAAGCUGGUAAAAACAAAAAUAAUUACUCAGGAAAUUGCACUCAAGUUGCAAACAGGCCACAUCACUAUAGAGGAGGUAGAAGCAUCACUUGCUCAAUUCAUUGGUAAACCAUCCUCAAUUGCAGGUGUUUACAUGGAGUCAAGCAAGAAAAAGCUGUCCUUCCUAGAUGCUGCUGCAGGAGGAUUUAUAUCUAAAACCUAUGCCAUUGAGUUUCUGGAAGCACAAGCUGCCACAGGAUGCAUCAUUGAUCCUAUGACAGGUGAAGCUUACUCGCCGUCAGAUGCUUUUGAGAAAGAUAUCAUUACUGGGGAUCUCAAGGACAAAAUAACUGGAGCUUACAAAGCAGUCAGUGGUUAUACUCAUGCUGGGAAGAUUCUUUCAGUGUUUCAAGCUAUGGAGGAGAGAAUUCUAGACAGGCAUCGAGGUAAAGCAUUAAUAGAAACGCAGAUCGCUACUGGAGGGUUGAUUCACCCACUGAUUGGAAUUAGGGUACCCAUGGAUUGUGCGCUAGAGCAGGGGCUUGUAAAUCAAGCCACCCUUCAAAGUCUCUACGAUCCAGUCAGCAACCCAAAAGAUUUUCACUUCGCAGAAACAGGGCAGAAGGCGUACUAUAGCGAACUGCUCAGAAUCUGUGUGUAUGAUGUCCAUGGUGGAGUAUAUCUUCUUCCUUUUGGUGACCAGCAUCUGUACACCCUCUCACCAUCCAGCAAACACAGGAUAUCAGUCAUCGACACUUCUAAUGGUGCGAAAAUGUCAGCCUACGAAGCAUAUAAGGCCGGCCACAUUGACAAGAGAAUUUACCUAUUUCUCUCACAACAAGAGAGCGAAUGGCAGGAGAUAACAAUCAUGGACUCAAGUAGGAACCUUCUACACAUCCUAACAGACCCUAAGAGUGGGCGGCAGCUUUGCAUUGAAAAUGCUCUUAGUCUGAAAAUUCUCCAAAUGGAAGAGCUCAACAGCUACCGGAGUGGUCAGCUCAGUAUUUCUGAGCUCGCUGAUCUUUUGAUUUCCAGAAGAGUUGUCUUUAAAGUUCCAAACAGUCCCGUUGCAGGACUCUGGGAUGUUUCUUUGAAGAAACGACUCCCGGUUUUCAAAGGACACCAGCAGAACCUUGUGGACCGACUCACCGCGCUGAGGUUGCUAGAAGCUCAGGCUUGCACUGGAGGCAUCUGUGAUCCAGCAUCUGGAGAAAGGGUUCUGGUUAAAGAAGCACAACAUCGAGGACUCUUGGAUGAAGGUUUUGCCAGACAGCUCCAGCAAUGUGAGCAAGCCUAUUAUGGUAUCAUUCACCCUCAGAAUGGAAAGACUUUGACUGUGGCCCAGGCGAUGCAAGAGAACCUUUUCCCGAAAGAUGUUGGAGUGAAGUGUCUUGAGUUUCAACUGGCGACUGGUGGGCUCAUUAACCCAGAGAGCCAAGAGAGAGUCUCUUUGGAGGAUGCGAUACAGAAUUGCUUGAUCGACAAAGCAACUGCUGCACAUCUUCAACAUGACAAUUCCCAUUCGAAAUGUAUCACCUGCCUCAAAACCAAGCGAAAAAUGUCUCUCAAGGAAGCUCUAGAAAAGAGUGUCUUUGACAGCCACACUGGGUUUGUCCUUCUUGAAGCAACAAAACCCCAUAGUACUGGCAAUACUUCAUCCUUCCAAUACUUCUGGACCUAUCGGCACUUCUGAUGUGGUUCUGGACAGUGUCUAUCUAAUAUCAGGCCAUUUUUGGUGAAUGGCAGAAAAAGUAAUUGACAUGUCCCUUUGUGGUGGAGCAUUAUCUAAAAUAAAAUAAGUUUUUUUUAUCCUGAAAGAUAUCUAAGUCAUGUUGGUGAAAAUGGGAGACUUUAAAUGUGGGGUUUUUUUC